GUGUGUAGUGGUGUGUUUAGUGGGGUGUGUAGUGGGGUGUGUGUGUGUGUAAUGGUGUGUGUGUGAGAGAGAGAGAGAGAGAGAGACCCGGGAGCUGAGGCUCUGUGUCGCGCGCUGGGUUCGGGGCGGUGUGUGUGUAAUUGUCCUGCUGCUCUUCAGUUUGUUCCGGUUUCCGCUGCAGUGUUUCUGAUCCUCAACACAUUUCACUAAAAUGUCCUCGAAUGUUCUCGCUUUAUCGCGAACUUUGCGCAGAACCGGCAGCUUCCCUUCUGCCAGAACAGUCCGGAUUGUGAUCCUGGGACAAGGUGCAGUCGGAAAAACAGCUCUGGCUGUGCGCUUCAUCACCCGGAGGUUUAUCGGUGAAUAUGACCCGACCCUGGAGACCAUCUACAGACACGAGGUGGCUAUUGGGGGUGAAGCUGUGAACUUUGAGAUCCUCGAUACUGCAGGACAGGAGGAAGACGCACUGCUGAUGGAAGAGAAAAUUAAAUGGGCUGACGGCUUCCUCGUCGUUUACUCCGUCACUGACCGCUGCAGUUUCGAUGAAGUCAUGCGCUUGUGCUUCCUCGUGAAUCACAUCCACAGCAGAAGAAGUUGUCCUGAUCCUCCACCAGUCAUCAUUGUGGCGAAUAAAAAAGACCUGGAGUUUGACAGGAUGGUGUCGGUGGAGGAGGGCGAGAGUUUAUCACACGGCCUCAAACUUCCUCUGCGUGAGAUUUCAGUUCGUGACGGUUGGGAGGAAACAGCCGCUGUGUUUCAUGCGCUCUACACAGACAUAGUGCAGCAAAUGGACAAAUCGCCUCCUUCCUUCCGAAGACGUGGCGUCUCCAGACUGAUGGAGAAAAUUCCCAGAAUUCACUCCAACGCGGCUCUGGGAUCCACAGGCCGUAGUUUCAGCUUCAGUUCAUUCAGAGACCUGCUGCCCGACUGAGAAAUGGGAAGCUUGGUCCAAAAAAAAGAUGUUUUUCAUUAAUGUCUUUUCAUUGUACGUGCUGUAGGCUAAAAAAGGAACUCUGCAAACUCUGCUUUCUUGAUUUUGGACAUAAAAGGACUGAUACACUGGAGGUGUUAAACAUCAAAGUUAAAAACAUUUCAAUGAUGAAAAUGUGUUUAUUCUAUAAAACAGAUUGCAUUAAUGAUGUAACUGUUAAAGCAGGAAGGUUAAUAUGAUGGACGGCACUAAAAUAGAAGUUAUACAGUUAAUGAUUCUAUUAAACUAGAACCUACUCACCUCACAUUCACUGGACAAUAUUCAGAAACACAUCUUUUGUUAAUGACUAAUUCUGACUUUAGUGCCUUGAGGAACAUUUCUGUAUGUUCUGAGCUCUGGUGCAUGUUUCUGCUCUUUUCAGCUUUCACACUCGUAUGUAGUGAUUUGGACUGCUUGGUUUAGGUGUAUUAGGAGCUGGGAUGGAGCACAAAUUUAGACACUGCUGCCUUAGCACCUGGUUUGGGAAACACUUGUGUUUUGAGGAACAUCGUUAUCUUGGGCACCAAAAUAUAACUGCUUUUAUAAAUGAUCAGUCAUAAAAAGGCUUUGGGGAAAAGAAAAACAGCAUGACAUCCAUUAUUUCAGUCACAGAAAUGUUAAUGCCUAAAAUGUUGAGUGAGUAAAUAAAUAACUGUUGAUAGUCUUUCCAAA